GCGCUUCUGCCCCGAGCUCUGCCCGAAGGAGGACAAGUUCCAGCUCAAGGAGCUCGCGUCGAAGCUCGACGGCCACGGCGACAAGUGGAUCAACGUCGCGACGGUCGACUGCGAGAUCAACGUCGUCCUCUGCGGCGAGCGCUUCAACAUCACGGAGGCGCGGAGCCUCCUCUUCAUCCGCGGGCGCAUGUACGACUUCACGGAGAACGUCACGGAGACGAACUCCGACUUCCUGCGCAACUUCACGAAGCGGCUCAAGAACGUCACGCUCGAGGACGGCGGCCGCGGCGAGGGCCUGCGCAUCCCGCGGGGGCCCAUGUGGUUCACGCCGCUCAUCAAGCCGAUCACGGACAAGCUCGACCUGUUCUUCGAGAUGGUGGACUACCGCAUGCUGAGCACGGGCAUGGGCGCCUUCUCCGUGCUGCUCGUGAACCCCAGGUUGGCGCAGACGGUCCCGCAGUGCUCGCCGACGCCGCCGCCGAACCAGGCGCUGCCGUGCUCGCAGGUGUCGGUCGGCGCGAACGUCGCCGUCGGCGCGGCGGAGACCGUCGGCGCGGCGAUGUUCGACGCUCCCGGCGGCUCGGCGCAGCGCGGCCGCGGCCCCGGCCGCGGGCCUCCGCCCGUCGGGGGCUACGACGACGCCGCCGGCCGGGACAUGCCCUACGGCGGCGGCACGCCCAUCGACGCCGACUCCGUAGGAGGAGCGCCGCGCACGGCCGUGCGCGGGAGCCGCAUCGUCGGCUUUGGCGGCGGCGGCGAGUACGACGACCCGGCGGCCGAUGCUCUCGGCGGAUUGCGCGGCCCCGGACACGGGCCUCCUCCCGUCGGGGGCUACGACGACGCGGCGGGACAGGGCCGGGUCUACGGCGGAGGGACGCGCAUCGAGGACCCCUCGGCGGCGCCCGGCUACGGCGGCGGCACGCCCAUGGACGACUCGGCAGGAGCGCCGCGCACGGCCGUGCGCGGGAGCCGCAUCGUCGGCUUCGGCGGCGGCGGCGAGUACGACGAUCCCGCGGCCGGCGAUCCGAUGGCCGGCGAUCGAGGAGACGCGGGCCCGUCGGUGCGAGGGAGUCGCAUCGUCGGCUACGGCGGCGGCGGCGACUACGACGAUCCCGCCGUCGGCGAUCCGGGCGCCGCGGGGCUCUCCGACGCUCCCGGCGGCUCGGCGCAGCGCGGCCGCGGCCCCGGCCGCGGGCCUCCGCCCGUCGGGGGCUACGACGACGCCGCCGGCCGGGACAUGCCCUACGGCGGCGGCACGCCCAUCGACGCCGACUCCGUAGGAGGAGCGCCGCGCACGGCCGUGCGCGGGAGCCGCAUCGUCGGCUUCGGCGGCGGCGGCGAGUACGACGAUCCCGCGGCCGGCGAUCCGAUGGCCGGCGAUCGAGGAGACGCGGGCCCGUCGGUGCGAGGGAGUCGCAUCGUCGGCUACGGCGGCGGCGGCGACUACGACGAUCCCGCCGUCGGCGAUCCGGGCGCCGCGGGGCUCUCCGACGCUCCCGGCGGCUCGGCGCAGCGCGGCCGCGGCCCCGGCCGCGGGCCUCCGCCCGUCGGGGGCUACGACGACGCCGCCGGCCGGGACAUGCCCUACGGCGGCGGCACGCCCAUCGACGCCGACUCCGUAGGAGGAGCGCCGCGCACGGCCGUGCGCGGGAGCCGCAUCGUCGGCUUCGGCGGCGGCGGCGAGUACGACGAUCCCGCGGCCGGCGAUCCGAUGGCCGGCGAUCGAGGAGACGCGGGCCCGUCG